ACAGCACGCGUUCAAAGUGUUUCGAAAUGUCCGGGGAAUGUGAAAUUUGUAACACAAAUGAGCGUAAAUACCGGUGUAAGAUAUGUUCUAUACAUUACUGUUCGGUCGCUUGUUAUAAGAAACACCAAGAACAACCAUGUGGACCACCAUCCGCAACAGCAGCUGACACAACAAUUCGGGAAGAUAGUAUUCCAAAGAAAAUCAUACUAUUCAGCACAAUAGACACCGUGCCGACGGAAAAGUUAGACCUGCUCGGUCAAAGUGAUCAUCUAAAGAAUCUGCUGUACAACCCCCAUUUGAGGCAAUUGCUGACGGAGAUUGAUAAUGCUAGGGACGGAAUGAAUGCAAUCAAGGUUGCUAUGAUGGAACCACUCUUUGUGGAGUUUGCCGACGAAUGUCUACGGUUAGUGGAACCAGAAGUGAACGAAUCACACGACAAUCUGAACGAGCUUGUGUUUACCAACCGGCAACAUCGGAGGUAGCGGGUGAAAGGUGCAGAAACAUGAUCAUUUGAUAUUGCGCUCAAACUUUGGAAGUAUUUUGUUCACUUAAAAUAAUAGAGAAAAUGAAAAACAAAAGGAUU